GUAAAUGUAUAAAUUAUAUUAAAAUUGUCCAGUAUUAUAGUGUCUGGUGAUAGUUAAAGUAAAGUAACAUGGACAGCGCUGACACCGCAUCUUUGCGCGCCAUGGCGGCACAGUGGAGCCUCGCCGGUGACAAGCAGCUGUUAGACGUUCUUCAUAAUAUUCACGAGAGUCUCGUGUCGCGAUGUCAGGAGACGAAUAGGGCGUUAGAUGAAAUGGCUUCAUCGCUAGACGAAGCUACGAUCGAUCUACAGAAUGUAAACAAUAAAUUUAUGGCGUUAAGUAACAGUCAAUUCAUAGAGAGCAGAGUUUAUGAUGAUGAUAUUGAUGUCACGGAACCAACUGAGCAACCAAAAGAACCCCAAAAACCAGAGGAUCCUACAGUAGAGUUAGAGAAAAUAAAAGAAGGCCUCAAAGUACUAGAAGACAUGCAUGAACCGCUGCACAUUCUGCAUGAUACGGACAGCGAAAGUGAUACUGAGGAUGAAGAUGUCGGAAGGUUAAUUCUAAAACCUAAAGACUUGUAUGCAGACCGUCCUCUGCCCUAUAUUAUUGGAUCAACCGCUUGGAAGAGCAAAUGGCAUGCUGGAUUGCUGCCAGACGAUAGUGACACAGACAGCAGUGUGUCCAGACCUGACAGAGAAGUGGAGCAGUACUCAGACUCAGAGCCGGAGAUUACGAACAUACAGACAGAUAAACAAGAUCUGAUCAACGACAGAACUGUAUCUACAACCAGUUCUGAGAUGGCAUCAGAGCAGGAUAUAUCACCGGUGAAGCCAUCUCCAGCAGAUGUUGCUGCAGAGCUGGCUAGGAGGCUCGGGGGACAGAUGCCUCCUAGGAUACCUGAUCCUGAGCCGGAAUGUACACAUGCAAAUCUAACCUCGAGAAAAGUUUACAGACCAGAAAAGCCCGUAAUCGGUACAGUGUUUGCUGAUGAACCACCACCUCUUGACACCUAUUCUGAUGAAGAAAGCCAGGAAGACGAUAUUUUCGCGGAGCUACACAAAGGCAAACCUUACAUGCGUAACAAUACGGAACACAAUCGCGUAACUGAAGAUUUGUUUGGUGGCUUGGACCGAAGAAAGACUGAUGAUGACAUUUUUAAUGAAAAUAACCAGCCAAUAAAACCCGCUACUCAUGAUCGAUAUGGAAAUGCAGUGGAAUCAGAUCCGGAAAUGUUUGUAGAUACCCCGCAACCUAAGACAAUAAAUCAAGAAACACCAAGUUCGCCUACAGUUAGUACGGUAAAGAAACCAGUAGGUGGUAUAUCAUUAUUUGGUACGAAGAAAGGAACUGAAAUUGGGGCCGCCAUCAUGAAACGUAACCGUAAACGGUCAUCGACUGAUGACGAAACUGAAAGUGAAGAAAUAUCUCAAAAUGUGAAAGAUAAACCUGAACUGAAAAAGGAGAGAGAUAUAUUUGAUGACCUUUUUGCUAAAUCAAUAAAGGAGCAAAAAAAAGUGGAAAAAAACAUUGAAAAUGUUGAAAAGGAACGGAAAGAAAUAAAAAAGCUGGAUUUGUUUAAUGAUGAUUUAUUCGAUGAUAUAGACGAUAUUUUUAGUACAAAUAUUACCAAAGUCAAAGAACCAAGUAAAAACAAAAUGUCAUUAUUUGACGAUGACGACGACCUGUUUUCCGAUAUUGCUGUAGUAAAAUCCACCGAACAAGAAGUUAAAAGUAGUAAAAACAUUUUUGAUAGUGAAGAUGAUUUAUUUUCUGAUAGAACUGUUGAAAAGACUAUUUUAGAAAAUCACAACAACAAUGCUCAAAAUGCCAGUGAAAUAAAUUCACAGAAAGUGGAACAAUCUAAAAUAUUUGAUGAUAAUAGUGAUAGUGACUUAUUUAAUACUGAAAGUGUAAUAAUUCCUACAACUGAUUUAAACCUUAGUAGCAAUGAUUCAUACGAUAGAAAAAUUAUUAAGACACAUAUAAAUAAACCUACAAGUUUAAUUCCUAAAAAUACCAAAUUGGUAGUAAAUGAUAAUUUAUUAUUUGAUGAUGAGGAAGGUGACGAUCUUUUUAGUCCAAAAAAUGCAAUAAAAAUUAAUAGUCCAAAUAGAACAAUUGAAAGCAUUGAUAAAGCUAAUGCAAAUAUUAAAAAUAAUAUAAUUAAAGAAAAUAUAUUGAAAAAAGAGGAACAUUAUAAAAAUUGGGAAUUUAACGACAGCACCGUGAACGAUAGUAACACACACGGAGAGGACGAAAAGUUCAUUGAAAUAGAAAAUAAUAAUGAACAGAUCAUAUCUAAAAGUGAUAAAAUUCGUAACCUAGAAUCUAAUCAACCAAAUUUAGCGGAAAAUGUAUGGGAUGAUUUAUUUACAAAACCCAAUCAACUACCAAACAACAAAUCAUUGCCUGUCACAUCUUCUAAAUUAUUCGAUGACGAUGAAGAUGAUAACUUAUUUAAUACAAAGCAAACCAAAGAAAAAACAUUUUCAUCCAAAGAAAUAAAUGAACAAGAAAAUGUUUGGAGUGAUGAAUUAAAGGAACCUUUGAAUACCGGAUCUAAAGAAACUGUACCAGUGAUCACAAGUUCAGAAAAUAAACAAACGCAAAGAGAUAUAUUAAAUGAGUUCGAUAGUAAUUUAAGCAAAAUCAAUAGCUCUAUUGGCAUGUUAAUAGGAAUUAAAAAUGAGAAAAAUAAUACAGAAACACAAAUUUAUGACAAUGAUGUCUCACAAAACAUACAUGAUAAUAACGAAAUAUUUAAUGAAUCAAGAACGCAAGACCAACACAGUCUUAAUCAAGAAAAUAAAUGCUUUCCCGUUAACAAUAAAGAGUCACCGUUAAAAAAUAGUGAAGUGAAUGAACAAUUUAUCUCAAAUAUAGUAGAACAGAAACAAAGAAGCUUUACACCGGACACUAAUUUAAAUACCAGUAAAAUAUCAGAUGACGCUGAUAACUCAUUCAUAAAAAAUCGUGAUUUUAACGAAAAUACCACAGAAGGGGCUUCAUUUACUCAACAAGAAAACCUACUUGUUGAGAAACCAGAUGUAUUUAGUGAUAUAUUUAGUGAACCACCAGAAUUUGAGAAGCCAAAAGAACCCAAAAGAAGUAAAAAUGUUAAUGCUUUAUUUGAUGAUGACUCGGACGAUGAAGCAUUGUUUUUCAAGAAAAGUGAUUCUACUUUAGAUGAAAAGCCGGAUGUCAUGUCACCUCUUAGCGAAAACAGAUUAUUUGGUUUAUUUCACGAUGAACCACCAGCUAUGGAUAUCGAUUUUGUACCAAAUACCAAUAAGGUGUUAGAUGAUAACUUGUUCAAUGAAGUACCUUCUGAUUCAAAUGUUGAAAACCCUGUAAUUACCGAAGCUAAAAUAGAAAAUCUAAAAAAUGCGGAACCCUCCGAAAUACCAAAGUUGAGUGCAGAAACAGAAGUAAAGAAAUCCGUCGGCAAACUCAAAACAAUAAAUUUUAAUAUAGACGUUAGUGCUUUACUACCUGGAGCUUCACCAAAAAAAGUGAAAGGAGUGGAACAAACUGAUGGACAAAGUAUUUCAAUUAAAGGUGAGGAUAACGUAAACAACAAAAACUGUGCUGUCGAAGAUGUAGAUCCCAAGUUAAUUAAAUCUGUAAGUUUCGAAGGCGACCCGAAAUCGAUUGUAUUAGAUAAUAAAUUAUCUAAAGAAAGAGCCAGGAUACAAGUAAAAAGGCGACCUUCUAGUAGAAGAGCUAGAAAGGAGGCUGUAAGGAAAUCUGCUAUUGAUUUUGGUGAGGAUUCAACUGAUAAUUCAACUUCUAUUGAAGAACCUCCAAAAACUGUUAACUUAGAUGUAGAUAAUGAAAACCUCAAGAUUGGUGAUUCGAGUAGCGAUUCAAAAAUUGAUAACACAAAUUCAAGCCUACAGCAUAAUAUAGAAAAAAAGGCACCUGAAGUAGUAAAAUCUAAAGUUGUUUAUGUGUUACAUGAUGAAGAUAUUUUUACGAAUAUCGAUACUAACCAGCGAAUACAAAGCGAUAAAGUUUUAAAUCUAGUGAGUGAUAAUGAUUUAUUUACAAACAAAAAGGAUGAAGUAAUCUUUAUAGAAAAAACUCAUAAACAAAAUGAAGCUAAUAGUUCCUCACAUAUACAAAGCGAAACAGAUAUCAGAAAUAAAGCUAUCGAUACUUCAACUGACACAAAAAGCUUAACUGGUGUUAGAGAAGACUUAGGCACAAAAAAUAAUCAAAUAGAGACUAUGAAUGCAAAUAUGUAUGGAGUGCAUAAACCAAAAGAAACCACAGAUAAAGAUAAAGCAGCAACGAAAGUGAAAAAGUCUAUUUUCGAUGAUCUAAGUGACGACGAGGACGAAUUAUUUAAUAAAAGCAAAUCUAAACCAAAGGAUAUAUUUGAUUCUGAUAGUGAAGGCGAACUAUUUGGAAAGAAGGAUGUGAAAGAAAAAAAGAAAUUUGAAGGCAAGAAGACUCUGUUCAGUGAUGAUGAAGACGAUGAACUGUUUGGUGUUAAAACAAUUAACACUACAGAUAUUCCAGUCCAACUCGCACGACAAGCAACCAAAGAGGUCGUUUCCAAACCAACUGAACCAGUUUUCGAAGACCCGUUAUCUUUAUUGGGAGAUGAUGAUUAAUAUGCGUUUAAGGAAUAUACCGAUGACAUUUAUUAAUUUACGCUUAAAUACGCUUUUAUCAUUCAUCCAAUAAUGUUAAAUAAGGAUGACAAUACAAAGGUGAGUGGAGGCAGCUAUUUAUCAAGAUUAGACUGCUCAUGAACUCUGGAUCUCGGGUCUAGCCACAUGCAUCACCAGUUAUGAAGUUGAAUCAACACAAAGUAUUAUAUGUACAUUUUGAAAUUUAGUAUAUAAUUACGUAGUGGAACAUUUUCAUUAUAUUCCAUGUAAUUAGGUCUUUUUUAGAUCUCAAAAUUGGUCAUAUAAGAUAGUCCGUCUUUUACAUUUUCUCCAUAUUAUUUAUAAGAUUAAAUGGCGAUAACAAAAUAACUAAAGUUUCAACUAAAAUUAUAAAACCAUGUUAACUGUUAUCUUGGUUUACGGGCUACCCAUAUGUUACGUCACAGCUUGAGGGGCAAGGAGUGUCGACAAAGCGUGUCAAGGAGUGGUAGGAGGUCCUUAAUUUUAUGACGUCACAAAAUUAAGUAACUUUUAAAAGAUAUGUGUCGCCAUGAUAUGGAGGAGGAGGGCCUUUCAAACGUGACCAGUUAUAGCAAGGACGGGGGUAGGGGUCAAAAAAAAUUUUGUGAUGUAAUUUAUUGAUGACCCCAUAUGAGUGAUACAUAUUUCAUAAAAUGUUUCCUUUAUGACCAAUAUUACAAUUUCGCUACAACAUAUACAAAAUGCCUAUAUUAAGCUCAGAAUAUAAGUAGUUAUAUUGCAUGGCCUUACGUAGUCUGUUAUAUGUUUAGAUACUACAUUAUUAUAAACUAAUGCAGAGUAUUGCCUUUUUGUACUACAUGAUACUUUGAAUUAAAUUGUAUUUAUAUUAUAAGUGAUAGUAUUCCUUCUGUGGCUUAAUUAUAAAUUUCCUGUUUUUUAUUGUUAUUAGCGUUAAGUUAUUUAACUAGUAUUUAUUAUAGUUGUAUUCUGAUUGUUAACAAAGCUUCUCGGUAUAUACUCAAAUAUAAAGAAAUAGUAAAACUAUAAUAAACUUAGUUGUGUCACAAUUUAUGAAGUGGUUGGGUAUAUACUCUAUACUAUACUUUACAAGCAUCCUUAAGAUUAACGUAAUGUCAGAAAAACUUGAAAUCUAUUUUGACAGCCAUAUGCAGCAGUCUACAGUAAUCCGUCAUGUACCUGCAAUAUUAAUCGGAGACUGAAUAAAAUGUAGCCUCUUUUAAUGGGAAAAAUAAAGAGUUGGUAAGAAUUGCCAGUAAUAUACCCCGAUCGAUCCCCCCUCCAAUUUAAACGGGGAUCGAAAUUACGACGGCCUGCGGUGCUCUCAGCCUAAAGUCGUAUCCGUCAGGCGGGAGUUGACCUUCAUCCGCUCCAUAAGUCCUUCCGUGGGUUUGGAGCGCCCCCUGCACUCUCCCCCUAUCGUCCGGUGAACCUGUAAAAGCCAGCUGCGGCCAAGAGUUAUUUAAUAGAGUAGUUUGAAAAAAAAAUAUAUUUAGUUCUAGCAAAAAUAUUUUAACAUAUAAUUUACAUUCUUUUCAUAUGUUAUAAUUAAUAUUUUUAAUAACAUCAUUGUAAUAUGUAGCAGAAUGCAUUUUGUUAAUUUUAUAUUAUGUAUAGUCACAUUUUUAGAUUACAGAAUUUUUGUAACGUAGAUGGCGCUUUCGCCAGGCCUUUAUAAUAAGGCUAAGAAAUUUAUGAUAUUGAAAUGUAUCUUUCCGUGAUAUAAUUACUAAAUUUCUCAUAUUCAUGAUUCCUCAUAGUUUUACGGUAUAUUAUUGAAUACUUUUUGUACCUAUAUAAAAUUGCUAGAGAUAAUGCAAGAGAUUUCUGAGAAAGUAUUCAUAUUAAUUAUUAUUAUCGACAAAUUAUUGCUAUAUAUAAAUUUUAAUAGAUAUAUCUCUAUAUUAUACUGUUUAGAAAUACAUCAAGUGACAUUUAUUGAAAUGUAUAG